UCUCACUACCGAGCUUCUCUCGCCCAAACCUCCCCUCUCCUCCACAGCGACAGCGAGAGACACGACAAGAGCGGAACUUCGUUCGUCCUCACCGGAGCUCAGGAAGGCAGUGCCCGGCCACGAGGACAGCGACCCUCACCUCCUGUGUCCAGUUCCUCGGCUAGGCUCACCGCCGCUGCACACCUCCUCUCUCUGGUUCCGGGGCGGCGCAGGAGGGAAGGGCAGAGGAGCAGUCUAAAUCGGGAUGGCAGCCAGUGCGACGACGGGGGCGUUGUACCCGCUCCUCGGCAAGCUCACCCAGCUGCUCGGCGAGGAGUACAAAAAGCUCACGGGUGUGAGGAAGCAGGCCUCGUUCCUCAAGGACGAGCUCAGCGCCAUGAAAGCUCUGCUUGACAAGAUGGAGCUCAUGGAUAAGCUCGAUUCACCGGCCAAGAACUGGAGGGACGACAUCAGGGAGAUGUCCUAUGAUAUGGAGAACUGCAUCGAUGACUUCAUUCAUGACAUCGAAGAAGGUGCCCGUGCAAAGAAAGGCUUCCCCGGGAAGAUGGCUCAGCGCCUGAGAAGGUUGAUCAAGCGUCAUCAGAUCGCCAACCGCAUCCAGGAGUUCAAGGGUCUUGCUGAAGAAGCAAAUGCUCGGCGCAAGAAGUACAACAUUGAUGAGUGCAUCAAUUCGAGUCCUAAAACUGUGGCCGUGGAUCGCCGAAUGACGGCGAUCUACAAGGAGGCAGCAAGCCUUGUUGGUAUUGACGGCCCGAGAGAAGAGCUGGUCAGUUUGCUGAUGGAUUCUCAGAUGAAACUCAAAGUGGUUUCCAUCGUAGGGUUUGGAGGUUUGGGUAAAACCACGCUUGCCAAACAAGUGUAUGAUGAGGUUGGAGAGCAAUUUGAUUAUAAGGCAUUUUUCUCAGUCUCCCAAAGGCCAGAAGUGAAAAGCCUUCUUGUUGGCCUACAGUUAAAGCUUGGGAUGAAGGAUUCUUCUCAUGCUUAUGAGCUGCAAGACAUUAUUGAUUGCCUUAGAGAACACCUCAAACACAAGAGGUACUUUAUUGUAGUUGAUGACUUGUGGGAUCAACAAGCAUGGGAUAUUAUUAGUUGUGCCUUUCCUGACAAUAGUACCGGAAGUAGAGUAAUGGUAACCACACGAUUGGAUGAUGUAGCUGUCAAAGCGUGUCAGAGUGACCGUGCCUGCAUUUACAGAAUGAAGCCACUCAAAGAACAAGACUCAAGAAAAUUAUUUUUUGAUAGAGUAUUUGGGUCUGAAAAUGUAUGCCCAUCACAGCUCAAAGAAAUUUCGGUCGAAAUUCUCAGGAAGUGUGGCGGGUUGCCACUUGCAAUUAUCACAAUAGCUAGCCUAUUAGCUAGCCAUGAAGCAAGAUUGUUGAAUGAAUGGGAGAUCAUAAAGAAUUCUCUUGGUACCAAGUUUGUCACAAAACCCACCUUGGAGGAGAUGAGGGGUAUACUGAACCUUAGCUACAUGCAUCUUCCUGUUUAUCUCCGCCCGUGUUUUUUGUAUCUUGGCAUGUAUCCAGAAGACCGUGAGAUUGAGAGGGAUGACCUAGUUCGGCAAUGGAUAGCCGAAGGCUUUGUUUGUAGUUCGCAUAGAGCGGAUUUGGAUGAUGUUGCAAAAAGUUAUUUCAAUGAGCUUGUCAAUAGAAGUAUGAUUCAGCCCGGAAGAACAUCUUAUGGGGAGGUACUUUCUUGCAGAGUGCACGAUAUGAUGCUUGAUUUGAUCUUAAGCAAGAGUACAGAAGAUAAUUUUAUCAGUGUAGCAUAUAACUGUGAAGACAUGGCAAGAUUGCACAGUUGGAAGUACAAGGUUCGUCGAUUAUCCCUCCAAUCAAGUGUAGGUGGUGCAACAUCGGAGACCCUUGCUACUAGCAUGACACAAGUUCGAUCAUAUGUGCAGUUUACAAAGUCCCAAUACACACCUCCCCUUUCAAAGUUUAAGUAUCUACGGGUGCUUGCCUUUGAGUUCCCUUCGCUUUUGCAAACGACAAUUGACCUCACAGCAAUUGGCCAUUUGUUUCUACUGAGAUAUUUGAAGGUUUCAGGCACAUAUGUAGUUGUAGCUUUCCCAGCAGAAAUUCAAGGGCUUGUGCAUUUGGAAACUCUCGUGGUAAAUUCCGAGCGGACAGAAAGCUUUCCUUCAGACAUAAGUUGUUUGCCCAACCUGUUUCAUCUGGUGCUUCCAAGACGUAUAGGGCUGCCUAAAGGGAUCAAGAAGAUGAGAUCAAUCCGCACCCUGAGUUGUUGGGAGAUGUCAGAGAGUUCGCUUGAGGAUAUCAAAGGCCUUAGCGAGUUGACCAAUCUAAGGGAAUUGUACUUAAGCAUGCCUUUAAACAAGUGCUUGACCUUGGAACAAGAGGAUGCUUUGGUGUCCUCCAUCAGAAUGCUCCGAGACCUCAAGUGCCUUGAGCUCAAUUGGAUGCGUGGAUGUGGUGACCCUAACAGCCAGCUAUACUCCUUACAUGGUCCUCCUCGCCGUCUCGAGGUACUCCAUCUGCCAUGGUUGGAGUUCAGAAGAGUUCCCACAUGGAUCGGUGAACUAUGUUGCCUCCGGAUGCUCGAUCUGAAGGUGUUGCACCUGUCGUGUGAUGAGUUUCGUGUUCUUGGCGAGCUCCCAUCCCUCGUCUAUGUCAAGCUCUACGUGGUAGAUGUCUCGCAAGACAAAGUUGUGGUUGGCAUGGGGUUGUUCCCAGUUCUGGAGCACUUUUAUUUUGAGUGUGCCAAAGACGUGAAUGUGUAUCUGAGCUUUGAGGCAGGAGCUAUGCCCAAGGUACAAACGCUCAGCCUGAACUCCAGCUGGGGAGCGUGGAGAGGUGCUACACCGGUCGGCAUGGAGUGCCUGCCCUGCCUCCACAAAAUCAAACUGAUGCAUGUCUGGCCCAGGCUUGGUGUACACGCUAAACUCGAGUCUGCCUUCAAGGGUGCCGUAAGCCUGCACCCAAGGCAUCCCUCUGUUACUUUUUGUUAGCCAUCCAUUCCGCCACCUUGCUAUCUGUAACGUAAUUAUUUUCUUAUUCUGCGCCUCAGUUUUAUUUUUUCAACGAAUAUUUCUGUCAGCGCAUUAACGCAGACAGCAGAGUUUGGAAAUAUUUGGUCCUAAUAGAUCAAUCUUGCCUGUGCACGCCUCGUCUCGAUCCAUGUAUGCAUGCAUGUAUACUUUUGGAUGUUUAUUUCCAGGAAUGUACUGAUUAAGCUCAACUUGAUUGGAAACGCAUUGGCGUCAUUGCUUCGAUUCUGUAAUAAAAUGUUUCCAGGCUGCAGCUGGUGAAAAUGCUACUGGUAUACUGGACGCGUUGCUUUUAUUGCUUUUGUUGCAUUUGCAAGUACAUGGUGACAUCGCAUUUAUCAUCGAACAUUAAACAUACAGCACUAAAACGUAUGGAAAUUCUGAUUUCAACUUUUGAAAUCUACCUACUGUAGCUUCUGCCACAAUGGGAAAGCAUGGAUAGAGAUCAGAACAUAACAUCAAUGCAUGGUUUGGAGCAGGCAGUAUCAAAUUUCAGUCGAUUUCAGGAUUGCUACCAGGGGCACUUCUAGGUCCUAGUGGCAGAGCAGCAACCAAAUUUCCAGCCAAAAGAUCCAUCGCCACGAUUCCUACUACUCCUCACCUAUAUAUCAGAACAGAACACCAUCGAUAAUACGCAAAACUUAAUUUGCCGGUGAGGCCCGAUGGUCACCGCAACGCUGAAAUUUACAAAAGGCACCCGAGAUGAUCACACAAGUGGAAUGCAUUGUUGAUAAACCGUAACUGGUACGUACAUACCUUCCAAUUCAACUAAUCCAAAGUUCAAAAUAAUUCAUCUUUGCUUCUCAGGAAGAGAAAAGGAUGGGGAUUGGUACCUGCAGGCUGCUUAUGACUUAUGAGCAGGUGACAACCUCGAUUUUUAUUUGAAAAUAACCACUAAAAAGAUAUAGACAACAGCUGAUAUCAUGGAAAUAAAACUCACGACUGUGUGUGUGUGUGUGUGUGUGUGUGUGUGUGUGAUUUUGCUUCUCAGGCACUAAAAAUAUCAUCAGCCAUUGUCCUAAAAACAUUCAGGCAGUAUUAUGCAUCUUAGGCAUCACAUCUCAAAGAAAAAAAAACAAUAGCAAUGUCUAAAUAGCUGUUGUCCAUCAGUGUGUGUGUGUGUGUGAUUUUGCUUCUCAGGCACUAAAAAUAUCAACAGCCAUUGUCCUAGAAACAUUCAGGCAGUAUUAUGCAUCUCUUAGGCAUCACAUCUCAAAGAAAGAAAAAAAAUCAAUAGCAAUGUCUAAAUAGCUGUUGUCCAUCAGUAUGCGUCAUAAUUUUUUUGUACGAGUUACACAAAAUAAGAAAUCAAGAAAUAUGCAUGGUAUGUGAAGGAUCAGAAAACCUCACUACCAUUUCAGUAGGCCACCAAUUAAAAUUUAGAUGAAAGUAAGGUCGUGAAACUUCACUAAAUUAUUUCUAUUUAAGGCACUCUCCAAGUUAUUGUAAGGUUAUCUAUACCCAGUUCUACAUCUAAGCAAGAUCAUGCAAAUAUAAAAAGUAUGCUCUUUAAAUCUGUCACCGUUACCUACACAGCGACUUCACUGUGUCGGCAAUGAAAACAGUAAUUUUAUUUUUAUAUGUACUCCCGAUUAACCUGUAUGGAAACAACAGAAAAUACCAGGGCAACGACAAGGAAACUACAUGAAAGCUGUUACCAGAUCAUAAACAGCAGCAAUCUGACAACCAAAGCACAAGAACGCCAAUCCAAGGAAGCACUUACAAAGAAUCUGUAAACAAGCAGAAAACAGAAUAUAGAACAGAGGCAAAUUUUCCACAUGAUAUUGUUUCCAGUGGUUUGCAAGCUCUUGGAUGGAACUCUCUGCAAUUCUGCAGCUAUGAACAGCCAACAGCAAGGCGUGAAAUUAAUUAGUGACAUGAAGCAAUGCGAAAAAGAGAAGCAAGUGCAGUAUUUCAGUAACGAAUCAACCAAUGACAAGAAGAAACAAAUCUAGAUCAGAUUCAAAUAGAUGGAUUUCUUACUAACAAAAUAAUAAAUCCACCAGGUAGAAAUGGGAGCAGUUCUCCAAAAAAAAAAUUCAAAGAGUAAGCCGAGUUCGAGGCUACAUGCCUUUCUUAGUGGA